AAAAGGUUGGUUGGUUGAAGAAUGAGUUUGAUUGAGUGAUAUCCAAGCUUCAAAUUUUGUUAUCGAUGGCUAUGGCAGGAAUAAUUACUGGAUAGCCUUUUCUUCAUUCCUCAGCCAUUUUCAAAGACGAGAAAAUUCUGGUUAAAGAUACGGUGCGGGAAACGGAUCUCCUCUUCAAUGAAUACUCGCAGUUGAAAGAACAAGUGAAGAAGAACCCACUGCCCCCAGAUCCUUCACUGCGCGAACCGACGAGAAAUGGCGAGAGAGAGAGAGAGAGAACAAAUCGGAACGAAUAGAAGAAAGAACAGAGAGUGCAAAACCCUAGUCUGAUCGCCACCGCCGCCCGCCAGACUCCACCGCCGCGCCGCCAUCUCUGGGUCGCUUCCAACUCCUUCCAUUCUCCUCCCCAAAUCUCGAAUCGAACAGGGUUCAAGAGAGCAUGGAAACGAACGAAGCAACGCGGGUUCUAGACAAGUUCAUAGUUGGGCCAGUGCCUACCCUAAUUUACGUUCCCAACUUCAUUUCAUACAUGGAAGAAGAACAGCUUGUGAAGAACAUUUAUGGAGCUCCCGUUUCCAAAUGGAAGUCGUUACAAAACAGGAGGCUACAGAACUGGGGAGGCGUCGUACAUGAGAAGGGGCUUAUAGCCCAAGACUUGCCUCCUUGGCUCACCCGAAUCACUCGGAGGAUCCAAGACGAAUCCGGAGGCCUGUUUCCUUCUGCCAUUAAUCAUGUCCUCAUCAACGAAUACCUCCCUGAUCAAGGCAUAAUGCCACACCAGGAUGGACCUGCUUAUUACCCGCUCGUAUCCAUUCUCUCCCUCGGGUCACCCGUUGUGAUGGAUUUCGACCCGCACCCGAAUCUGAAACACAGCACGGACACAACUUCUCCUUCUUCUUUUUCCGUUUUGCUGAGCCCCCGCAGUCUUUUGAUUUUCAUGGACAAGGCGUACUCUGAAUACUUGCACGGCAUUAAAGACAGUGCCGUGCACCAAUGUAGCACGGCUGUGAAUGUGACCAAAAAUGGUGCUAGAGAUGGCGACGGUCCUUUGGGUAACUACGGGCAGCAAGCGGGUGGUGGAGAGGGUGCUACCGGUGACACGGUUGUUAUCCGACGGACUAAUACCAGACUAUCUCUCACCUGCAGGCUUGUAACCAAAGUUCACAAGAAUUUGUUAAGGCUUUAGAAAUUGUGAACUUUUUUUAGCAAUGGAUGUGUUAAGGUUAUUUAUGCAUAUUAGGGUUCAUUGUACCAUGUAGAUCGAAGUUUAUUUUACUCUGUAAUAGUCCCCUUCCCUGAAUAUUGUUCAUUAUUGACCUUUUUGGGUCAAAAUUGGCAAAUUUUUGCCGAAAACUAAAUUAAAGUAAUAUUA